AUGGCUAAAUCCAAGAGCUCAACUCUGUGCUUAUUAGGAUGUGGAAACCUAGGAGGUGCUAUUCUCAACAGCUUGCUCAACUUGGCGUCAGAAGAGGCUCUAUUCACCAAAUACAUCGCCUGCGUGCGUAGUGAAGGCUCGGCACAUAAGCUGACGGAGCGAUUCCCCAGCCAUCUGGAUAAAUUGUCAAUCUACCGAGGCGACAAUGUCAAGGCCGUGCGAGAGUCUGAUGUGAUCAUCUUAGGCGUUGACCCCGCCGAUAUGGCGAAAGUCCUGACACAACAUGCACUGCGCGAUGCACUGCAAGAUAAGCUCCUCAUCAGCAUUGCUGCCGGCUGGACGAGACACAAGCUCGAGCAGACCAUCUACGGAAGCGAAACAACCGCGGCCAACAAAUUGGGCCGAGCCUGGGUGAUUCGUACUCUCCCCAACAUCGCCGCCCAAGUAUCCCAAUCCCUCACAGCAAUUGAGGUCUCGGAGCCUACCCCGCCCGAGCACUACCUCCAAAUCACAACCGCGAUCUUCGAAAAGAUCGGCCGCGCGGUUCAAAUCGAGCCUAGAUUGAUGAAUGCGACCACGGCAGUUGGAGGUUCCACCCCGGCUUUCUUCGCUGUGAUCUGCGACGCGCUUAUUGAUGCAGCCGUGGCGGUCGGCGUUCCUAGGGAUUUGGCGCAUACCAUGAUUUUUCAAUCUAUGCAAGGAACCGCCACAAUGCUGCAGGGAGGAAUGCAUCCGGCUGUACUCCGAGACCAAGGAACCUCCCCUGAAGGUUGCACGAUUGGCGGUUUGAUGGUUAUGGAAGAAGCAGGUGUUCGCGGCCAUAUCGGGCGGGCUCUUCGAGAAGCCGUGACUCUGGCCCGGUUGAUGGAGACGACGGAACAUGUCAAUGAUACCAAACAUUAA